AAAACAAAGUCAGAUCAAAAAUACAUUUUAAUCAAUGACAGAAACGAAAGUAGUUUCUAGACGCUUCUCCCGCAUGACGUAAUUCUUCCGAAAAUAUCAAUAUUAUAACCCGAAAGAUAAACAUCAGCAUAAUAACAUAGAAAAAAUGGCAGCCGGAGCUUGGGAUAGAGAUAUGAUAUUUGCCAAUUUUCAGGCUGCAUCUGGAAUUGAGGACUAUGAAAGCUGUAUUUCUGUGCUUGAAGCUAACGACUGGGAUCUGCAGGCUUCUUUAAAUGUAGUAUUAACACAGCAAGAAAAUGAAAAUCAGAUGCUGAAUGCAUUAUCACAUCAAAGAAAGUCUCCAAUAGAUGUGGAUAAUCCUCCUUUUAUUGACUUGGACCCAGACCCUACAUCUUCAUUAGUAGAGCGUGACUGCAGUGCUCCCGAAGUUCGUAAAAUUAAUUUUCAAAUAGUGUGGCAUGAUCGCACGCUUCCUGUCAUUAUUAGCGAAACAGAAACUGUUGGUGCUCUAAAACGAAUGUUGGAAAUACAAACUGGAAUUCCACAAGCAGAAAUUAACUUAGAAGGAUGGCCGUCUGGUGAUUCUAGUGUUUCAGAUUCAGUCGACCUAUCAACCUUAAAUUUAUGUGGUCAAACACACCUCGUAUUACACACACCUACCAAAGUUACAGUUUCACCAGCUGAAUAUCUUCCAUGCAACAUACCUGCUUUUCGCAAGAGCAGCAAAUCAUCUGAACCAGAUUCACCGCCAAGAGUAAUAGAUGUUGAUCUUCAUGAUGACCAACCAACCUGCAGUAACUCUCCAGAUAUUAGUUUAACGGUCAAUUACCUCGGAAGAGAUUUUAGGUUGCGAUAUGAAAGACACCAAACCGUAAAAGAUGUAAAACAACAAUUGUUCAUGCUAACCAAAAUUUCGACAAGACUUCAAGUGUGGGAAGGAUGGCCGGAUGGAACAAUUGAUAGCUCACGUUUGGGCGACCUUGAUUUGUCUCAACCCGAUCAUUUUUUACUCAUCUCUUCCCAAACGACCAACGCAGCUGUUACAAGAACUUCGAUGGACUCUCUAAGGCCGUGGGAUUCAGGUACUGCAGGAAGUCCUGCCGACACUGACUUGGAUGAACAAAUUAUAUCCGACGACGAUGAUGAUGCCAUUUUCGACCCAGAGGCCAACCAAUCGAAAAGAUUGUUACCUCUGUUAUCAAGAGACUCUUCAGAUACUUCUGAAGCGUUAAUACAAUUCCAGUUCCAGUUUGAGGAACGAUAUGGUGAAUUCCACCCAGCUUUCUUUGUUGGUCCACUGAAAGAUGCAAUAGAGGAAGCAGCUGGUUCAUCAGCACCUGAGAGGAGACCCUUGCUUGUUUAUCUCCAUCAUGACAACAGCAUUCUCACGAAUAUUUUCUGCAGCCAGAUACUAUGUUCUGAACAGUUUGUCUCGUUUGUCAGUCAAAAUUUUGUCAUCUGGCCAUGGGACAUGACGUUUGAAAGUAACAGACAAAGAUUUGUCAACCUACUAGUCCAACAUUUCGGCAACAUGGCGGCCAACACGGUUUCAAAAUUUCGCGAUCAGGAGUACCCGUUACUUUUGAUUGUGAUGAAAUCAAAAGCUGGUGUGGAAGUUUGCUCCGUAUUGCAAGCGAACACUUCACUGGACGAGCUCAUGAUGGGUUUGAUAAAUGGUUAUGAAGUAUUUGAACAAGCAAAACUGGUGGAAGUAAAAUCUGAGAGUGAACGUCUUGAAAGAGAGGCAAUGAAACAGGAACAAGAUGAUGCAUAUCACCAAUCACUGGCAGCCGAUCGUGCCAAGGUAGAGGCUGAAAAAAAGAGAGCUCAAAUCGAAGUUGAUAAAAAAUACCAAGAAGAACUUGAUGCGCAAAUGAAAGAAGCUGAGCGUAUGUCAUGCGUUGAACAACUACCCGAAGAGCCUCCGAAAACUGCUCAAGAUAUCACGAACAUACUUUUCCGAUUUCCCGGUGGCGAGCGAGAGGCGAGAAGGUUCAACGAGACUGACAAGUUAAAGACAGUGUUCAUGUAUGUGACUUCGAAAGGUUUUAGUACAAGUGAGCAUCGGAUCGUCACCAACUUCCCUAGAAGACAGUUAACAGAAGAUAAUCUACAACAGACAUUGAAAGAAUUAAAACUCUGUCCACAAGAAACUCUAUUUGUCGAAGAAAUUUAAUUGUUUAUAAUAUAUUUAUGUGUGGUUUUUGUAAAUGUUUUUAUUGUUUAAAACUUCUUUCAAAUAAGAAAUA